AUGGCUGAGCCUGGCUGUGAGACCUCCUCUGAGGAAAGCCUGAGCAUGGAGGAGCCCAAGGCAGUGGACCCGAAGAGCCUGAAGCAGGAGCAGCCGAGGUGCCAAUACUGCCGCUGCCACAACAGUUUCACCACCUACUUCCCCAGGGUUCUGAAGCAGGUUCACGAGGGCCUGAGCCUCUCGCAGAAGACCGUGAGCACCUUGGAUUCGUUCGUCAAGGACAUCUUCGAGCACAUCGCGGAUGAAGCCUCUCGCCUGGCCCGCUCCACCAAGCGCUCCACCAUCACCUCCAGGGAGAUCCAGACAGCCGUGCGCCUGCUGCUGCCAGGAGAGAUUGGCAAGUUCGCCAUGUCCGAAGCCAGCAAGGCCAUCAUCAGCCAAGAAACAAAUAAUAAGGCUGUGAGCGUCAUGGAUUCGUUCGUCAAGGAUAUCUUCGAGCGCAUCGCCGAGGAGGCCUCUCGCCUGGCCCGCACCAACAAGCGCUCCACCAUCACCACCAGGGAGAUCCAGACAGAUGUGCGCCUGCUGCUGCCUGGGGAGAUUGGCAAGCACGCCAUGUCCGAGGCCAUGAAGGCCGUCAUCAGGUUCUACGGACGCAAAUGA